CGCUUUCCGAAAGCAGGCGGUGUGCUGUCACCGUGUAACAGGGCUUCAUAUAGAAACAUGGCAGAUGUGCGCGACUUCAGAUGCGCCCGCGACGUCUUCGGAUAGGUAAAAGCGUUCGCCUCCGGUGAAAAGAAGACAGCGGAAGAUGGCGGCGAGGAGAACCGCUUUUCAGCCGCUGUCCAGCUCCGGCGCGCCGGAGAGGAAGGCAGAGGGAGACCGCCUCCAGGAUGAGGCUGAGUGGUGUGCUUUCUCUCCGCACCAGGAGCCGGCGAAGGGAGCGUCAACUGUUGCCGGGAUUUGCGGCGCUGGCAUACACCACCAGGUUAUGGGGGCUUUCGGAGGGGCAGGUCAGGUGGACGAGUCCUCCGACAGCGAGGGAGAGCAAGAAGAGCAGCAGAAACUCAUCAGGAAAGUGUCCACCUCUGGCCAGAUCAGGAGCAAGACAAGCGUAAAGGAAGGGUUACUGCUGAAGCAGACCAGCUCUUUCCAGCGCUGGAAAAAGCGCUACUUCAAGCUGAGGGGCAGAACGCUCUACUACGCCAAAGAUGCCAAGUCUCUCAUCUUUGAUGAAGUCGACCUGUCGGAUGCCAGCGUUGCCGAAUCGAGCACGAAGAAUGUCAACAACAGCUUCACGGUGAUCACCCCAUUCCGAAGACUCAUCCUCUGCGCGGAGAAUCGGAAAGAGAUGGAGGACUGGAUCAGCUCUAUAAAGUCUGUUCAGUCCAGAGAGCAUUACGAGACGGCACAGUUUAAUGUGGAACAUUUCUCAGGGAUGCACAACUGGUAUGCCUGCUCCCACGCUCGCCCCACCUUCUGCAACGUCUGCCGGGACAGCCUGUCCGGCGUCACCUCCCACGGCCUCUCCUGCGAAGUAUGCAAGUUUAAAGCUCACAAAAGAUGUGCGGUCAGAGCCACAAACAACUGCAAAUGGACCACACUGGCCUCCAUCGGGAAAGACAUCAUCGAGGACGAGGAUGGGAUCGCCAUGCCUCACCAGUGGCUGGAGGGGAACCUGCCCGUCAGCGCCAAGUGCGCGGUGUGCGACAAGACGUGCGGCAGCGUGCUGCGGCUGCAGGACUGGCGCUGCCUGUGGUGCAAGGCCAUGGUGCACACGGCCUGUAUGGACCUGUACCCCCGGAAGUGUCCACUGGGCCAGUGCAAAGUGUCCAUCAUCCCACCAACUGCCCUCAACAGCAUCGACUCAGAUGGCUUUUGGAAGGCCACCUGCCCGCCCUCCUGCGCCAGUCCGCUCCUGGUCUUCGUCAACUCCAAGAGCGGGGACAACCAGGGGGUGAAGUUCCUGCGACGCUUCAAACAGCUGCUCAAUCCUGCGCAGGUCUUUGACCUCAUCAACGGCGGACCUCACUUAGGCCUGCGCCUGUUUCAGAAGUUCGACACUUUCAGGAUCCUGGUGUGCGGGGGAGACGGCAGCGUGGGCUGGGUUCUGUCCGAGAUCGACAAGCUGAACCUUCACAAGCAGUGCCAGCUGGGAGUGCUGCCCCUGGGCACGGGGAACGACCUGGCGCGGGUGCUGGGCUGGGGCCCUUCCUGCGACGACGACACGCUGCUGCCUCAGAUCCUGGAGAAGCUGGAGAGGGCGAGCACCAAGAUGCUGGACAGGUGGAGCAUAAUGACAUACGAAAUCAAAAUACCACCCAAGAACAGCUGCCCCACCACACCAGAGGAGACUGAGGAGUGCCAGAUAUCAGCAUAUGAGGAUUCUGUCGCUGCUCACCUCACCAAGAUCCUAAACUCCGACCAGCACUCUGUGGUCAUAUCCUCUGCAAAGGUUCUGUAUGAAACAGUCAAGGACUUUGUUGCCAAGGUGGGGAAAUUCUCAGAGAAGCACACAGACAAUACGGACGGAGCUGACUCCAUGUCUUUGAAAUGCGCCGUCCUCAACGAGAAGCUGGACUCCCUCCUCCAGACGCUCAACACGGAGGUCCAGGCCACGCUCCGCCCGCCCCACGCCGCGCCCCCGAUCGUGGAGGAGGAGCUGGAGGAGGAGGAACUGAGCGAGGAGCUGAGCGAGGAGUCGCUUACUGAGCUGAAGGAGAAGCUGGAGGAGAACGAGACGGAGAAGGACUCCCCACACCGCUGCUUCCGGCCCCGGGAGCAGCUCAUGCUCCGGGCCAACAGCCUGAAGAGGGCUGUGCGGCAGAUCAUCGAGCAGGCCGAGAAAGUGGUGGAUGAACAGAAUGCACAUACAGAGGAGCAGCAUGACCGACAGGCGCAGACUGAGUUUAAGGAAAACGAGAGUGAGGAUGAAAACAAGGACAGCGAGAAGGACGAAGACACCAAAGACCUGGAGUCAUCUUCCUCCGCUCAGACAACGCCGUGCUCGCCUCCCCCAGAGAGAAGUGUAUGUCGCAGCAUCCCGUCCUGCGGCUCCUUCUCCAUCCCCUUCAGCACCAGCAAGGAGAACUUGCCUGUGCUCAACACGCGUAUCAUCUGUCCCGGCUUAAGGGCUGGCCUAGCGGCAUCAAUAGCUGGGAGCUCCAUCAUCAGUAAGAUGUUACUGGCCAACAUCGACCCAUUUGGAGCCACGCCUUUUAUUGACCCAGACCUGGACUCACUAGAAGGAUAUUUGGAAAAGUGUGUCAUGAACAAUUACUUUGGGAUUGGACUGGAUGCUAAGAUCUCACUGGAGUUCAACAACAAACGAGAAGAACACCCUGAGAAGUGCAGGAGUCGCACUAAGAACAUGAUGUGGUAUGGAGUACUGGGGACCAAGGAGCUGCUGCAGAGGACCUAUAAGAACCUGGAGCAGAAGGUUCAGCUGGAGUGUGACGGACAGUACAUUCCCCUCCCCAGUUUGCAGGGAAUUGCAGUUUUGAAUAUUCCCAGUUAUGCCGGCGGGACUAACUUCUGGGGUGGAACCAAAGAGGAUGACAUCUUUUGUGCACCAUCGUUUGAUGAUAAGAUUCUGGAGGUGGUGGCUGUGUUUGGGAGCAUGCAGAUGGCCGUGUCCAGAGUCAUCAAACUCCAGCACCACAGAAUUGCCCAGUGUCGCUCAGUGAGGAUCACUAUCCUGGGAGAUGAGGGGGUCCCAAUCCAAGUGGACGGAGAGGCCUGGAUCCAGCCCCCUGGGGUGAUCAAGAUCCAGCACAAGAACCGGGCCCAGAUGCUGACCCGGGACAGGGCCUUUGAGCACACCCUGAAGUCCUGGGAGGACAAGCUGAAGUAUGACAAGCCCCCGCUGCGGCCGCACCUCUACCCACAGCAGUCCAUCGACCUGGCAACCGAGGAGGAGGCCUCGCUCCUACAGAUGUGCGCCCACGCCGCUGAGGAGCUCAUCACCAGGAUCUGUGAGGCAGCUAAAGCCAAUGGCCUCCUGGAGCAAGAGCUCGCUCACGCGGUCAAUGCCGCCUCCCACGCCAUCAACAAGACGCACCCAAAGUUCCCUGAGAGUAUGAGCAGGAACACAGCCAUUGAGGUGACCAGCACAGUGAAGGCCCUGCACAAUGAGACUGAAUCUCUUCUGGUUGGACGUGUGUCUCUGCAACUGGACUCCCCCCAUGAGGAGCUGCUGUCCAGUGCCCUGCACAGCGUGGAGCUGGAACUGGGGAAGCUGGCCGAGAUCCCCUGGCUCUACCACAUCCUGCAGCCCAACCAAGAGGAGGACCACACCCUGGAGUACAGCAAGAGGAUCAGCCGCAGCAGCAUGUUCCGCAUCGUGCCAAAGUUCAUGAAGGAAAAGCCCCCUAAGAAGUGCAGCCCGCAGUCAGUUCAGAGGUGGGGCACUGAGGAGGUGGCCAUGUGGUUGGAGCAGCUCGGCCUGGGCGAGUACAAAGACACCUUCAUCCGCCACGACAUCCGCGGCGCCGAGCUCCUUCACCUGGAGAGGAGGGACCUGAAGGAUCUGGGGAUAUCGAAGGUGGGUCAUGUGAAGAGAAUUCUCCAGGGAGCUAAGGAUCUGGCCAAGAGCGCCCUGAUAGAUCUGUGAGACCUGGUGGAAGUGCCUGGAAGCUGUGGUUCUGGAGAGAGCCGAACGCUGUGGACAGCAAGCCGCAGCGAAUGGGUUGAAGGAAGUUUUCCUGCUCUUUUUUCACCUGAAGGAAACUGAGGAUGGCAAUUUUUCCAUGUUUUCGAAAGAAGGUAUUGGUGCCAAAAAUGUGUGAAGAGAAUGGGAAAUGGGAGGCUUUCAGUCUUCACAAAAAAAAAAAACAUUUUAACAAUCUCCAGAGGUAUUGUCAUUUGUAACCUAGAGGCAGUCUCUGCGCUCAAAAGCAAACAAAUGCAUUGCAAGUCAACUUCCGUUAGAUGGGGAUUUGGUAUAUGGCUUCAUAACCAUUAUUUGAUUACUUAUCUUUGAAAGGGGAAGUAAUGUGAUGGAAACAUCUUGCGUUUGAAAGCAAUGUUUACAUUUUAAAGAGACUGGAAGGACACAACCGAACCAAGGCCUGGCCUAACUGCAACCUCCGAGAAAGACGAGUCUCCAAAAACUGUAAAAUAAUGGUGCAUGGUAUGCCUGCUUAACAGGGGUAUAUAUAUAUAUUAUCGCAUGACUCAUGUCUGAAAUUUUACACACAAGAUGAAGACAUUUUAUAUUAAUGCCAACUGUUGCUACCGAAGUGUCAGCUUGCUCUUGCGUAGCCUUUUACGUAUGUUUCAUAUUGACCUUCUGUGAAAAUGAGCAGUGUUCCUUAGCUGUCAUGUGCCAUAACUUUCAACGUUAUUUAUUUUACAAGGGAGAGAUCAGACAUUAAUGAGACGCGUUGUCCUAUGUUGGGCCAUGCAUGGUAUAUUUGUGUUCGCUAUGCUUCGCUAACUCACAGACUUGACCCAGUGCACCAGAAUAUAAUUACUGACUAUCAGUUAAGUGACAUGUUCUACUCGUUCAGUGCUGUUGUGUUCUGGUUGAGGUGCAAUAUAGUAUUUCUUUUAAUGCUGUUGGUUAUUUGACUUUGAAGCUUUAAAAUGUGAUUUUUUUUUUGUAGAAAACUAAUAAUGCAUGACCUGUGGGUUAUGGACCCAAAGGGAGGAAAUCUGUAGAAUGAAAUGGUUUUUAAUCGUUUCAAAUGCUUCCAAUAACACUCUUACUCCUAUUCUCCUGUGCUUCCUAUUAACGUGCUAAAAGUGAGCAACUUUGUGAUUCUCAGCACAGACUGAGAAACAGGUAUCACUGAAAGUUGUGCAUCUGCCAGAUGCAACCAGUGCUUUUUUUGUAUUUUAUGUUUUAUCAAAAUGUUUUGAUGCACUUUUGUAGUUAAUGGGUGGUACUUAUCCAGCUAAUGUUCAGCAGUGAAUGCUCGUAUUGUUGUCUUCCAUUAGAGGGCGCCAGUGUGACACUGUAGAAGCCAUUUAAAAGAAAGACAAAUGUGCAGACAGAAUUCUCACAUACAGUACCAGUCGCUAGUUUCAU